AUGGCCUUCAAGGUUCAGACACCUGUCUCAUUCAUAAAAAACACAUUUACAGGAUACUGCUGGUUGCAUUCUGAAAUCACACUGCUUUUGCGGAAGAACGUCGCUGAACGACUGGGUUCCAAGGAAGAGGAUGCCGAGGAAAUCAAAGCUCAUCCCUUCUUUCGAAACACCAAUUGGGACCAGGUGUAUGCGCGGCAGGUAGAACCCCCCUUCAAACCCACGCUGACUUCCGAAACGGAUGUUUCGCGUUUCGAUCCACAGUUCACCAACGAAAACCCAGUGGAGAGUCCUGACGAGGGUGUGCCCAUCUCGGCCUCCGUUUGUGACGUCUUUGAGGGCUUUACCUAUGUCGAUCCGCAAGUGCACAUUUCCAUGGCGCGCGAUCCGUGGGCCUGCGACAGCAACUUUGAGGAUAUGGAACUUAGCGGCAGCUCUGGACUCCGUAACGAUCAACCACCGAACUACCCUGUACUCGAUCGACUGGCGCCGUCCUCACGCGACGUUCCUCCACUCGGUGGUGGUGGUGGUGGUGCUGGCAGCCGAGGUGUU